GGCCACACUUACUUAGAUUAGAGUACACACAGAUGUGUGAAUUGGCAUUGGUUUUGGGUUUCAUUUUUGUCACUCAGACUUUCCAAAGCGGCUGAUAUGGAUCAUCACUGGGUGUCUAAGACCUGGCUGGGUGACGUCGGGCUCCCGCAGUACUCACAGGUCUUCCACAACCAGUUAGUGGACGGCAGAGUACUGAACUCUAUCACACGAAGAGACCUGGAGACCAUCUUCAACAUCACCAACAAGUUUCAUGUUACCAGCAUCCUAUCAGCCAUUCAGCUUCUGCAAAUGCUCAGUUUCGACAAAGAGGCUAUACAGGCACGUCGCGCUCAGUGUGAGAAUCGAGAUCUCGAUCCGGUGGUCUGGACCAGCCACCGUGUCAUUAAAUGGAUCAGAGACAUUGAUCUUAAGGAGUAUGCUGACAGCCUUCAGAACAGCGGCAUCCAUGGAGCUGUGAUGGUUCUAGAUCCGACCUUCAGUGCGGACAGCAUGGCCAAGGCUCUAGACAUCCCCAACAAUAAACACAUGAUCCAUCGUCAUCUGUAUGAGGAAAUGAAAGUGCUUCUCAAUCCAGCAAGAACUAAUCAGGCUCAGGACUACAGGAAAGAGGGGACUCCUACACAUUCGCCUGCCUCAAACUGCCGCAAAACUGAGGAAGGAUUUUCCCCCAGGCAAAAAGUUGGCAAGAGUCCUUUGAGAUUCAACCCACUGGUCGCUGUUGGGAGGGACUUGACUUUUCAAGGCGGCUGUGGAUCACCACCCAGAGAAGAUCGCAUCAAGAUCCUGCAAAGGACCAAGGGCAGUCCCAUGCACGGUUACUCGAGCAUAGAGAUCACUAAUGUCUGAGGCCAACGCUCGAUGUUUACCUUGGAUGAACUAGGAAGAGUGAACCUCCCCUAUAACCUCUAAAUGGACCAAAUGAGCUCAAUUAUUUGUAAAAGAGAUUUGAAAAUUGACCAUUUGCACUUUAGAGAAUUUUGUAUUGGCACCGAAUCAGAACUAAGCACUUAAUUAAACAUUUUAUAAACACGCUGCAUUAAAAAAAAUUAAAUAUUUUGUUACUAACAUAAUACUUAGAUGAACUUGUCCUGAUUCCUGUAAAUUCCAGUCAGAACUGAAGGUAUGCAGCUGAAAUCAAUACCACAUGUUCAGAUGUCCAUUCCCUCCAUCAAGGUCAUCACAACACUGUGCUUGUUUAAAGUUAUGGAAAACGAAUGAGGAAUGAGGAAUAGUGCUGUGAAUACAUUGUGAAAAUGCUUUAAAUGCCUCAGCAAUGUCUUUUCUUUGUUUUAAAACAUCUGUUGACAUCUGCCAAGAUGUUUGUGUUUUCAAAGUCUCAUUUGCAUCCAAAAUCAAAAAGCAACAGCCACUUUAGUAGCAUUGUUGUGUGGGUAAUAGAUUAGAUUCAUAAAGAUCACUCCAGUUUAAUUGAAGUUUUCCCACAUAAUAAUAAUUAAAAAAAAAAAAAAUAACUUUAAGGGAAUGAAAGACAAAACACAUAUCCCUUAUUCCCUUGUGAUUUUCAACGUCUCUGUCUUACCAUGCAUGCAAAUCAGUUUGUUCAAUGGAAUAUAUAUAUAAAUGCAUUGUAUAGUGACUAUCAUGCACAAUAAGGAAAUGCAAGAGUGAUCUUAUUGGAAAGCCUUUAAUCAUCUCUUUAAGGAGUGAGAGAAUCAUUCUCUGUUAUGAGCAGGGCUCCCAGAUGAAUGUAUGGAAAUGUAAGAUGCAGUAUUCAAUCUACAAGCCAAUGCAGCACAUGCGCUGCACAUUCUACAGCUGUGUUUUCUUAAGUUUUCCACACAGAGCCACGGGGCACUGAGAGCAAAACUAGUUUUGCAACUCAGCAUGGAACAGCAUUGGGCUUUGAUACAAACAGCCUCUGUCAAGUGGGUCGACACAGGUUAGAUAACAUGAUUAAUGAGUGCGUUUCACAAAUUCAAACAAUUAUUAUUUUCAAAACAGUUAGAAAUGCCAAUUAUGAAUCAUAGAUUUCCUGCUUGGUUUGACUCAAAAUGUCUAUUGAUAGACACAGAAUACCAGCAGAUGCACAGCUCAAGAAUACAGCAGUUGCGGGUGCAUUUUUAAGGUGGGUUUUGCAAUCACAAAUCAUUUUGAUAUAACUGUACCUUGUGGCAUUAGUGAAAAUGUACUUUUGAGAAACAUUUGUUUAUAGAUAAAUACCAUGUGUCAUUGACACAAUAAUAUGUAUAGAAAAAUAAAAACUACAUGCAUAUA